AUGUAUGAUACACCAAUUGUCAUCCGGAAAUGCGAGGAUUUUCUCCUCAGAAAAUCCAAGAAGACACUGAAAAAGAAGUUGCAAAUGUCUACUCGCUAUCACUUGGAAGCAUUGACGAAAAAGUGUCUCAGUGAAAUCAAAACACCGACUGAUCUUAAAUCUGUUAUCCCCGGAGAUAUUCACGAUUUGGAUCCAUCGAUUAUGGCAGAACUGUUUCAAAAAUCUCUCACACUUCAUUGA